AUGGCACAGCUCGUCUCAUUGCGGCUGCUUCUCGCCUUCCUGCUGGCAGCUUGCGGGCGUGGUACGGCCCCGGUGGGCUUUGUGCAGCAUCUCCCUGCUAUCAAGACCCUUCAGGGGCCCAUGGGAGAGAUGGCAAAGAAAGCGAGGCGCCUUCAGAUGGGGAUGGACCAGGAAUGUAUGACCAAGUGCCCUGGCCUCUUGUUUAUGAUGACGGACCUGAUGUCUGGCAUGCAGACCAACCCACCUGCAGGAGAUAAUGCCAGUGAUGCUACUGCGGGAUUUGAUGCCCUUGCAACCAUGAUGGGAGCAAUGUUCACAGCGAUGUGCAAGCACUCGGCAGCCAUGACGUGCAUGAUGACAGAGUGCGUGGACCCGAAUGCAGCACCUGCAAAUGGCGACGCGGGAGCGAUCGGCGUUGACUCGCUGCAGCAGUUCAUGCCCUGCUUGUGCGACGCUUGCCCGGAGUUUAUGGAUCUCUUCACAAGCCUUGGGUCGACUGCGGUCUUGCUCGAGAAUGUCACAAACAUGACGGAGGUGGGCCCUCAAGCCUUGACCGUGAUCUGCCCGAUGGUCUCAGCCACUGAAUGCCUGACGACCAACGCGGCAUGUUCGGCCUUCGUCCAAUCGAAUGACGAUCUUGGGCAGAGGACUCAGCAUGUCCACCCGGACCAGACCAGUCGACCCGCAAAUCCCAACAAGGAACUCCUGGUCGCAACAGGCUUGCAGGCUGACAGUCCAGUUGAGGUUCACGUUCAGGGACACUGCGUCCGAACAUUCUCGAAGUUUCCGGUGUCUGGGGUGUUGCUUUUCAUCCGACCCCAAAGCCAUACUAUUCAUAGACAUAUAUAA